AGGCGGAGACAGAGAGGCUGUAUUUCAGUGCAGCCUGCCAGACCUCUUCUGGAGGAAGACUGGACAAAGGGUGUCCCACGUUCCUUCCAUAGAGUUGAGCCUCUACCUGCCUGGUGCUGGUCACAGUUCAGCUUCUUCAUGAUGGUGGGUCCCAAUGCCAAUGAAUCCAGUGCCACAUACUUCAUCCUAAUAGGCCUCCCUGGUUUGGAAGAGGCUCAGUUCUGGUUGGCCUUCCCAUUGUGCUCCCUCUACCUUAUUGCUGUGCUAGGUAACUUGACAAUCAUCUACGUUGUGCGGGCCGAGCACAGCCUGCAUGAGCCCAUGUAUAUAUUUCUUUGCAUGCUUUCAGGCAUUGACAUCCUCAUCUCCACCUCAUCCAUGCCCAAAAUGCUGGCCAUCUUCUGGUUCAAUUCCACUACCAUCCAGUUUGAUGCUUGUCUGCUACAGAUGUUUGCCAUUCACUCCUUGUCUGGCAUGGAAUCCACAGUGCUGCUGGCCAUGGCCUUUGACCGCUAUGUGGCCAUCUGUCACCCACUGCGCCAUGCCACAGUACUUACAUUGCCUCGUGUCACCAAAAUUGGUGUGGCUGCUGUGGUGCGGGGGGCUGCACUGAUGGCACCCCUUCCUGUCUUCAUCAAGCAGCUGCCCUUCUGCCACUCCAAUAUCCUUUCCCAUUCCUACUGCCUACACCAAGAUGUCAUGAAGCUGGCCUGUGAUGAUAUCCGGGUCAAUGUCAUUUAUGGCCUUAUUGUCAUCAUCUCUGCCAUUGGCCUGGACUCACUUCUCAUCUCCUUCUCAUAUCUGCUUAUCCUUAAGACUGUGUUGGGCUUGACACGUGAAGCUCAGGCCAAGGCGUUUGGCACUUGUGUCUCUCACGUGUGUGCUGUGUUCAUAUUCUAUGUACCUUUCAUUGGAUUGUCUAUGGUGCAUCGCUUUAGCAAGCGGCGUGACUCUCUCCUGCCAGUCAUCUUGGCCAAUAUCUAUCUGCUGGUUCCUCCUGUGCUCAACCCAAUUGUCUACGGAGUGAAGACAAAGGAGAUUCGACAGCGCAUCCUUCGACUUUUUCAUGUGGCCACACAUACUUCAGAGCCCUAGGUGUCAAACUUCUUUUCCAUUUGAAGUCCUCUGAUUCAGAUUUUAAUGUCAACAUUUUGGAAGACAGUAUUCAGAAAAAAAAAUUUCCUUAAUAAAAAUAUAACUCAGAUCCUUUCCAUUUUACCAUGCAGUCCAAAUCUAAACUGCUUCUACUGAUGGUUUACAGCAUUCUGAGGUAAGAAUGGUACAUCUAGAGAACAUUUGCCAAGGUCUAAGCAUGGCAAAAGGAAAAUAAACACAAGAAUGUAAUAAAAUGAGAUAAUCUAGCUUGAAACUGUAACUUCCUCUUCAGAACUCCCAACCGCACUGGAUCUCAGAAAAAGACUGUCUUCAAAAUGACUUCUAUAGAGAAGAAAUAAUUUUUCCUCUGGACACUAACACUUAAGGGGAAGAUUGGAAGUAAAGCCUUGAGAAGAGUACAUUUACCUACAUUAAUGAAAGUUGACACACUCUGUUCUGAGAGUUUUCACAGCAUAUGGACACUGUUUUUCCUAUUUAAUUUUCUUAUCAACCUUUUAAUUAGGCAAAGCUAUUAUUAGUACCCUCAUUGUAGCCAUGGGAAAAUUGAUGUUCAGUGGGGAUCAGUGAAUUAAAUUGGGCCAUACAGGUAUAAAAAUUAAAAAAAAAAAAAGACUUCAUGCCCAAUCUCAUAUUAUGUGGAAGAACUGUUAGAGAGACCAAUAGGAUAGGGGGUUGGAGAUAUCUUACAGAGUCUUACAUUUUCUAGAGGAGGUAUUUAAUUUCUUCUCACUCAUCCAGUGUUGUAUUUAGGAAUUUCCUGGUAACAGAACUCAUGGCUUUAAUCCCACUAGCUACUGCUUAUUGUCCUGGUCCAAUUGCCACUUUACCUGUGUCUUGGAAGGAGAAGUAAUUUCUAGGUUCACUAUUAUGGAAGAUUCUUAUUCAGAAAGUCUGCCAUAGGGCUUAUAGCAAGCUAUUUAUUUUUAAAAGUUCCAUAGGUGAUUCUGAUAGGCAGUGAGGUUAGGGAGCCACCAGUUACAAUGGAAACUAUGGAAUGGCAGGUGUUGAAGAUAACACUGGCCUUUUGAGUGUGACUAGUAGCCAGAAAGUGAGGGAAUCUUCAGGACUAUGCUUUAUUUGGGGCUUUGUGUAGUAUGGAACAGGGACUUUGAGACCAGGAAAGCAAUCCGAUUUAGGCAUGGGAAUCAGGCAUUUUUGCUUCUGAGGGGCAAUAGGUUUCAUCUUCAACAGGAUAUGACAACAGUCUUAACCAAGAAACUCAAAUAACCAAUACUAAAACAUGUGAUCAUAUAUGUGGUAAGAGUCAUUUUCUUUUUCAAGCCUCAGGUUCCCUGAUAUGGAUUCCUAUAACACGCUGUCAUCCCCUUUUGUAAUGGAUACCAUGUUUGGAAAUUCCUAUUUAAUACUUGUAUUUGCUGAUGGACUGUAAGCCCAUGAGGGCACUGUUUAUUAUUGAAUAUCAUCUCUGUUCAUCAUUGACUGCUCUUUGGUCAUCAUUGAAUCCCCCAGCAGAGUACCUAGAACAUAAUAGUGCUUAUACUCAGUACUGGUUACUUUUCACCAAACCUGAUUCCUUCCAUCCUGAACACAUAGCCAGGCAAUUUUCCAGCCUUCUUUGAGUUGGGUAUUAUUAAAUUCUAGCCAUUACUUCCAAUGUGAAUGGAAGAAACAUGUGCCACUUCUAUACCUGGAUCAUAAAACCCUCCCAUGUGCAGCCUUUCAUGUUGACAUUAAAUGUGACUUGGGAAGCUAUGUGUUACACAGAGUAAAUCACCAGAAGCCUGGAUUCCUGAAAAAACUGUGCAGAGCCAAACCUGUCAUUUGCAACUCCCACUUGUAUUUGUUCCAGGCAGUCGGAUAAGUGAAAAAUAAAGUAUUAGUGUGUCAAGUCUCUGAAAA